AGUCUGGAGCGAGCAGUAAAAUACAUUAGUGUGAAUAUCUAAGUGAUUCAAAUAAGAAUGAUGUUGGAUUUCUAUCAAAACCUAAACAUCAACACCGGAAUGCUUCAAGAUUGCUCGGAUAAAAAUUCUCUUGGCUGCGGUCAAGCAGACAUCACAGCUACUAUAAAAUGCGAAAAAACGUACGAGAUAUGUGAAGGAUGCUCGCAGAAAAUUCACGAUCGUUAUUAUUUGCGUGUGGCAGAUACAAAUUGGCAUGAAGCGUGUCUCACGUGCAACAUUUGCCAUUUGUUGUUGAACUACAAGUGCUACGUGCGGAAUUCGAAGCUGUAUUGCAAAGAUGACUAUUACAGAAUUUAUGGCACCAAAUGUUAUCGUUGUUGUGAAAAGAUUAAUCCCGAUGAAUUGGUAAUGAGAGUUCAAGAAAAUUACGUUUAUCAUGUCAAUUGCUUUAUUUGCUGCAGCUGCAAUCAACCACUACAAAAAGGCGAGCAGUUUGCAAUUCGAGGCGGUCAACUUAUCUGUCAAAUGGAUUUAGAAAAGGAAUCAUUUUUGUCCCAAACUUAUGAUGAUGAUUUUAUAACCGAAGGUGUAAGGUCGCGUGAUGGUCGUCGAGGACCAAAACGACCCAGAACAAUUCUUACCUCAUCACAAAGACGCCAAUUUAAAGCAUCCUUUGACCAAUCACCGAAGCCUUGUAGAAAGGUCAGAGAAGCAUUAGCUAAAGACACAGGACUUACCGUUCGAGUCGUACAAGUUUGGUUCCAAAAUCAACGUGCAAAAAUGAAGAAGGUUCAAAGGAAAUCGAAAGACGGUGAGAAGGGAAGUGACAAAGAAAAGGAUGAUAAAAUAAAACAAGAGUCACCAAGUAGUGAUUACAUCAUUGAUGGUACGUUUGGCCAACCUCUUAACCCAAAUUUACCAUUCUCACCAGAAGACUAUCCAGCACAUUCUGGUGACAGCAUAUGCAGUUCAGAUAUUUCCCUCGAUGGAAGUAACUUCGAUCACCUCGAUGAUGCAUCAGAUACUAUGUCACUCCAAAACCUUGAUCUCCAUGCUAACCAAUUGUCUAUUGAAGCCAGUCAUUUCCUUCAUAAUAAUAAUAAUAAUAACUUAAGUUGCAUCGAUAAACUUUAUCAAAUGCAAAGUCAAUAUUUUAUUGGAACUCCAAUCGAGCAAUAAAAAAAUUGUGGAAGAGAAAAAAUUGCGGAUUAAAAAACUUUUCCAAAUAAUUGUUAAAGUUAGGUUGCAUUACGUAGAGAAAGUAAAUGUCUUUGUAUAUUUGUAUAUAAUUUGUAUAUGAAACAAAUUCUAGUGCCAACCAAAAACAACCUUUAUUUAAAAAAAAUCCUUUAGAUGUGAAAUGAUUUUUUUUAUGUUUCAGUUAAUUGACACGAAUUGGAGUCAUUUGAUUUAUAAUUUUAAUGUAUGCAGAAAAGAAAAUUGUGAUUCAAGAAAUGAUUAAACGUGAAAUUAUCAAAGAACAUGUAACUUUAAUUUAUUCUAGUCGACCGGAGAGUAAAAAGAAAAACUUAACAAAU